UAUGCAAGAGCUGCAGCCGCUCCAAGCUCCAGUUCUUUGUUUGCAUUUACGCAUGCUCAACAUCAACAGUUCCAAUUUCUUCAGCAACAGCAACAAGCACAAUAACAGUUUCACCAACAACAGCAACAUCCACAGCAACAACAGCAACAGCAACAGCAACAACAGUUUCUGCAGCAGCAAAUUUCUUUUACUGGACCUGUCUUUCAGGCUCCAAAUCUUUUAAGCAAUACGCAGAUCAAGACAAC